AUGAAACAUAAUAGAGCUAGCUUCAAUCUCUUCACUCUCCACUCCAUGGAUAAAUUAGAAAUACAAUGUAGAAAAGAACUUUUAAAGGAAUAUGAAAAAGCAUUAGAGAGAGCAGGUCCAAUUGGAAAGUUAAGCAAACAUUUACUACCCUAUGAAUUAGAUCUAAUCGAUAAAGGACUAUUAAAGAAUAUAACACAUAAAGGUGCAUCUUCUAUUUGGUUAGAAGCUCCUAGUUUUUUAGAUUAUGAUCUUCAAACUCAUACCAAUGUUUAUAGACCAAUGGGAGAUUCAGAAGUUCAAUUUCUAAUUGAUAAUAAUCAAUUACCAGAUGAUAGACCCUAUCAAGCUAUUAUAGAGGGACAGGUAGGAAGAAUCUAUUCUACCAAAUACUUGACCGGUGUCAAACAUACCGAUACAUUUCCAAGCACAGUGGUCGAGUUUACAUGUCCAAAGCCAAUGAUAGAAGCCAUUAAAAAAGUACAAAUCAAGAUUGAAGAUGGAGCACUGUCGAUGGGUUUGGGUGAUAAGGCCGGCAAACAAUUACCAGUAUUUAAUCAAAGUAUAAGAAAUGGUGAAACAACUUGGAGAAUUGUUAAAGUAAAAAGAUCACCUCCAAUUCAAUCUAGGUGA